AGAUUCGGCUGACCGGUUAUCAGGACCACUGAGCACCGAGAUGUUCGCGAUUUCGGGCUCAACAUGGCGGAAUCUCUCGCGUGUUGUGUCUCUGUCCCAUUGCACACUAAGUCUCUUUUAAAGUUUAUGAGUUUUUUAAUGAGGAUUAUGAUGAAAACGGACGCAGUUUUUGGUGUUAAAUGAAAAACAUGAGCAGCUCACGCGCAGAGAUGCUGCCUGCAGAUGACGUGUUAAAGUCUGCAGCUCUUACAUUCCCCGGUGUAUUUGAUCAGACCGGAUGUCCACUGCUCGUGUUUCCUGCUGAGACUCAACACAAACUCAAAUCAGAUGAGAUCAACAAAGAGGAUGUGUCUCAAUUCAUACACUACUGUCUGCGUCUACACAGGUCACGCAAAUCUCUUAAGAAGGUUGAGGAGACUCAAGUGUCUGUGGUUGCUGAUCUGAGGCAAGCUGACAUCUCUAUCGUGAGGUUUAUCACUGAAACCCUGCUUUGGUUGGAGGUUUACAGGAGGAUCAUUCAUUCAGUAUAUAUUGUCCAGCCGAAGAAGAGAUCUGUUCAGAAGCAGCUGGUGAAACUUCUGACGCCGAGCUCCAAACAGAACAAACCCAUCCUCUUUAAACGAGUUUUUCUCAAGGAUGUUUUUGAGCUUUCCAACUACAUCGACAGAAGUCAGUUAACGUCUGAUUUAGGAGGAUACCUCAUAUACUCUCAUGAGAGCUGGGUUAACUUCAUUAAGGAGAUUGAUGCGUUUGUUCAGGAGUUUCUGUCUGUAGUUAGCAGAUUGCCGUCCUGUAUUUCAACCCUACAGUCGCUUGCUAAACUUCCUGUACCUGCAGACUUUGAGGCGCUCAGUGAGUUUUGCUCUGUGAAUGAAGCUCGAUUCCAGCAGCUCAGGAGGGAUCUUGGUUUGGAUGAGUUGUUAAAACGCUGUGAGUGUUUACUAGAGAAACUGCGUUACCCUGAAACGGAGCCCUGUUUUCACGCCAUGGCUGGAACAAACCUCUUCGCAAACACUACACUAGAAAUGAUCCACAACUAUAAUCGUAUAAAUGCAGCGGUGGAGAAAGUGGAGUUGCUAUGGCAACAGGUAUUUUCAAAGGCCCGCCUCCAACUUCAGGUCAUCCACCUGCAAAGAGAAGCUCAACAGAUACAGGAACAGAUGAUUGUGUUGCACAGGGAGAAGGUGCAGUCCUACAGGAUUGAACCGGCUGAAGAUGUCCACAGGGCUGAAAGUCUCCGUCUUGAGUUUGAGACUUCAGUGUACAUGCAUGCAAUGGCUCUUGUUCGGCGUGCUGAUGAUGUGAUCCAUACAUUAGCAGAGAUGUUUCCAUUAACAGAGCUCCAGCCCAGAGAACCGUGGAUAGAUGAUCUGAGAAGAAUCAAAGAGAACCUCGCAUCUUCUGUUCAACAUCUUUAUCAAACUCUCAGGAAUCUGUCAGACUUUCAUUACACGUUAAACAAGUGCAAGAACUGGCACAACCUUGUGCUAUGCAAAGCCUUCCUGCAAGAUCUGUUGGUGAGCAGAAGUCAUGAUGGUCUGGAUGAAAGCAGUUUUUCUCCAGACCUGAGUGGCGUGAGACGAGGAUUUGAGUCGUUUCUCAGGAGAAAUCCUUGCCCUUCGGUACAAGAGUUGGUGAAGUUGGCUCAUCUUGCUAACGUUAUAAGUGACCCUAACCUGCAGUACAGUGGCAAACAGCUCUCUCACAGAUGCAUGACUCUCAGGAGACUCUUGACUUCACGUCACUCUGUGGAUCUUCAUGAUCUUCAGCUUGCACUUCACUGGCAAUAUGAGCACCUCAUGAGUAACAACAAAACCUCUGACAUCACCACCGACCAGAAUAAGCCUCUCAUAGACUCGCUCUUUAUAUCCAACUCCGUCUCACACAGACGUUCAGUGUCUCACUGUGAGAGUUUGUUUGAUUCAGCCAAAUGUCCUUCAUCUGUCGGCAGUCCUGUCGUAGCGUCUGCUGCGGUCAAGCCUCCGUCUCUCAGCUCUUUUGACUCUGGCUUUGAUGGAGCAGGAAGCAGUCACUUGGAUAUAAGGAGCAGAAGAGACGGCACUCCUGGGUUUCUGGGCAGCGUGGACUCCAUCAAACCCAAACCGGCUUAUGCAGAAUUUCAUGAGGAAAAUGUUACGAGCGUGUCUGAUUCAGAAGAUCAUGAAGAACUACGUUUUAGUUUAAAGAAAGAUAACGCUCAGGCCAGUAUUCAGAUCGUUCCCAAAAUAACCUCAGACUCCUUGAACCUUGAGAUCAAGGUGAAACGGUCGGCAACGCUACCCAAAAACCCCUGGCUUAGUCUUCCUAUAGAUGAUUUGGAGAGCUCUUAUACGGUUACAAUUACACAGAACGCAUCACGAGAACCAUCUGCUCGGACACAUGACCUGGACACGGAUAUAAAGAGCCAGGAUGGCUUUGAAGACUCUGACCUAGGUCCUAUCAGCAAUGUUUUGUCCAGUACCAUAACAGAUCAUGAGGAGAAACCAAGCGGCACAGCGGAGGGUGAAGCUUCUCUUGUUUGGGACACAUUUGAUCUUCACAAUCUUCGACAGGAUUCUUCUGAACGGUUGGGUGUAUCUCUUUGUGACUGGGUUCAGAGAGAACAACAGGAGCUUCAAGAAGUAGAGAAGACUUUAAACCGAGCAGCUGAGAUUCUGCAGGAAGAAGAACAUGUACUUGAACAGGAGGUGAUUCUUGAUAAUCUGUUAAAAACUGAUGAUCUGUACAAACAUUGGCCUUUAUGGAAUGAAGAUCAACACAAUGCUAUGUCACCACAGGAUCUGUCUCAGUCUGCUGUUAUAGGAUUGGAUGAUGAUGAUGAUGAAGAUGAUGAUGAUAUCUCAUCUGCCCUCCCCAUCAGCCCUCAGAGUAAACUUUCAUCUUCCGAUUCAGACACGUUUAAAACAAGUGAGAUUUGUCAAAACCCCUCUCCUGAAUUAUUUAUGGGAAGCCCUGCACAUCUGGAUGGACUUAUAGAUCAGAAGGUGGACAGAAGUCACAUCCUUCAAGAGCUUAAAGAUCUCGAUGAGCAGAUUAUUGAGGAGAGCUUAAAACUUGAUGCCCUGCGUUGCAGUGAAUCUGAGGAGCAUCAGUCUGACGUCACGACACACAGCUCCUGUGGAGAUCUGAAGAUGAUCUUGGCACAACCGGAGGAGAAGAAGAAAGUAGAGAAUAUAGAUAAAAGUCUGAAUGGAGGACAAAUAAAGGUGAAGAAGGGCUCAGGACACAAAGUUGUGAAGUGCUCCAUCAUGGACAGAAACUUAAAUCAUGAAUUAGUAAACUGUGGUUUCAGACACCAUAGAUUUCAAGAUCUUCAUUCUGCUCAUCUGUCAGAUCCAGCAACAGAGGAAACUAGCGAUCAACAACCUCAUCAUACGGAUACAUGUCAGUCGACAUCUGAAGAAGAUUACAUCAGUCAGACACAUUUAAAUGAAACCAUAAAGGAGGAUUUUAGUCUCAAAGUCUUGUUUAAUACUGAACCUUUGAGUUUAGACGUCACACACACAUCUGAGCAUCACACAAGUGCAGAUAGGGUUAAUGUUCAGUCUUGUCCUGGUGAAUCUGUUGCACAAACACCCAGUACACAUUUAUCUGCAUGUGUCCAAUCAGAUCUUACUGUAGUUAACAUCUGUCAGACAGACACUGAUGAUGUGUCUGAUCCUGAGCAAGAUACAUUUGAUCCUGGUGGUGUUGUCACUUCUGUGCCUGCUGUUUGGUUUGAUGAUAUGCAGAAAUCAAAUCAAACCGCAGACGGACAUGAACAGUCAGACUCGAUCUCAUGUGACGAAACCAUCCAAAUACCCCGAGAGUUCACCAAUCCACUAUACGGACAGCAUAUGCGUAACAAUAACAACAACAACAAAAAUACUGUUGCCCAGCCGCCAGUAUUGGACGGAGAACCAUCUGAAGCUCAGAUGAGCUGUGAAUCCUCAAGAGUCCCAUCAGAGAUGAAGCGUACAGACUGUAUGUUUAUGAAUGUUAAAGGUGUUGAGAUGAUCAGACAGAUCUCAGAUAAGAAUGAAGGUGAUGUUUAUGACGGUGGUGGUGACUCUGUGAGAGCCGUCUACGGAUCUUCACUUGACCGACUGCAGAUGAACACUUCAACUAGACCGAUGGAGUACAAGACACCCAUUGUUCUAGAUACAGGAUCUGGUUUGAUGAAGGCUGGGUUUGCAGACCAGGACCUUCCCUCAUCUGUGUUCCCAACUAUUAUUGGGCAUCCAAAAUAUGAGGAGGUGAUGAGUGGAGGUGUAAACCGAGAGCUGUAUGUUGGUCAUGAUGCGCAACACAUGAGAGGAGUUCUGACACUUAAACAUCCCAUAAAGAACGGCAUCGUAAACAACUGGGAUGAGAUGGAGAUGAUCUGGCAUCAUGCUUUCCAGCAGCUUGCUGUGGAUCCUCAGGAUCAUCCGGUGUUACUAACCGAGGCCGCCAGGAACCCUGUGGAGAACCGUCAGCGGAUGAUCGAAGUGAUGUUUGAGGUCUUUAACGUCCCUCUCACAUUUGUGGCCAUGCAGGCUGUUCUGGCACUUUAUGCUUCAGGACGAACCACAGGUGUGGUGUUGGACUCUGGAGAUGGUGUCAGUCAUUGUGUUCCAGUAUUUGAUGGUUACUGUCUGCCUCAUGCGGUACAGCGCUUCAAUCUGGCCGGCGCAGACGUCACCUCACAACUUCAGAAGCUGCUCCUGGAUCAGGGUGUUCGUAUGCAGACAUCUGCAGAACUGGAGAUCGUACGAGAGAUGAAAGAGAAAUGUUGUUAUGUGGCUCUGGAUUAUGAAUCUGAGCUCAGGAGAGGAGAUACAGACUCAUCUGAACUUCACUACACUUUACCUGAUGGACGUCUCAUCUCACUCACUACUGAACCAUUCAGGGCCCCAGAAAUCCUAUUCAGACCGGAGCUGAUUGGACGAGAUCAUUAUGGGAUGCACGAGAGCGUUUUCAAAUCCAUUCUUCAGUCAGACAUCGAUCUGCGGAGGAGUUUUGUAGGAAAUAUCGUCCUGUCAGGUGGUAAUACGCUGUUGGCCGGUCUUCCUGAGCGUUUACAGUAUGAAAUCAGACACAUGGUUCCUGUUGAUCUGAUGGAGAACGUGAGAGUAUUGAGUCCAAAAGAUCGAGAUUUCUCUGUGUGGUGUGGAGGAGCCGUAUUGUCAAACCUGCCCAUGUUCUCCAGUGCCUGGAUCAGUGCUGAUGAAUAUGAAGAGUUUGGUCCUCAGAUUGUCUUCAGGAAAUGUUUCUGAGACAACUCUUUUUAAUUUUUUAUUGUCUGUCAAACUGAGGCUUUUGAAAAGAGAGGACUUUUUUAACUCUUUAAAGCUGCCUGAGAUAUUCUUAGGUUUUGAUCUCAAACUUGAAGUCGUGUUUUAAUGAUUACAAAAUGAACUUCUUUGAACAAACACACAAAGCUCUUAAUAAUAAUAAUAAUAAUAUUGCUUAUAUUAAUCAGAUACAUUUUUAUCAAAUUAAUUUUCUAUACAAUAUUUUGUCUAUUUUUGUGUGUUUUUGUGUAACCAGAGUCUGGUUUUUAUAAAUGUUAAGUUGUCAGUGUUAUUCUGAUGCUGUGUGUAAAUGUGCAGACUGUGCCAUAAUCAUCUAUAGACUUAAAUCAUCUUUAUGUAAAACUCUGAGGAGUGCAGUCUUUACAUCAUGAGAUCCUUUUCUCCUACAUCUGCCCAAUUUCUCAACCUUUUCUCAGGUACUUUCUAUCUUUUGUGUGUUUUGCUGAGCAGAAUUUGAUUUUUUUUUGGGCACGCGUGUCAUUUUUCAGUUGUCUUUGUAACUUCACUUGGGUUUUGAUUUCGUCUUUUAUCUGAAGAUCUGGUUUUGAAAUGCAUAUGGAUGGAUUACAUGCAUUGAGAUCUCUGUCCUGCAGCCUUUGACCUCACGGACCUCUUCAAUAAUUCUCAUCAGUCCCAUCACUGUUAAAAAUGCUUUAUUAUUCACCUCGUAUGUAUGUGUAUUUACUGUCUGCAUUUCUGUGAAUGUACAAACUGUAAAUGUACUGUAAAUCUCUGGGGAUUUGGUCGUGUGUAAAUGUUAAUGUGAAGGUUUAAAUACAAACCCUCUUAUGUAGAGUUAGUGUAUGUGUUGAAUGUAAUGGAUUUAAUGUCAUGUGAUCCCAGCAUCAGUGUCUGUUAAUCUGUCCUGACAUUUUUACAAUAAAUAUUAAUUCUUAAUGAA